CUCGUCUGCUACGCAUGCGUACGCUCUGACUCCGCCCCCUUGCAGCGCGGUCGGAGCCAUUUCGCCUCCUCCACGCGAGUUGCGGGUGCUUCUCCGCAGUCUCUGUGGAAGACCAGAGCUACGGACAGACGCUCAGGAGAGGGUUGUACAGUCGGGCACCGGGAAGCAGGGACUGGUCUGAAGAAGACACGUGAAUCAUGGGUGAUAUUAAAAAUUUUCUGUAUGCCUGGUGUGGCAAAAGGAAGAUGACUCCAGCAUAUGAAUUCAGAGCAGUAGGGAACAAAAACCGGCAGAAGUUCAUGUGUGAGGUUCGUGUAGAAGGGUUUAAUUAUACUGGCAUGGGCAAUUCUACUAAUAAAAAAGAUGCACAGAGCAAUGCUGCCAGAGACUUUGUUAACUAUUUGGUUCGAAUAAAUGAAGUAAAGAGUGAAGAAGUCCCAACUGUUGGGAUUGCACCUCCCCCACCCCCAGUUACUGAGGCUACUGAGGCUACUAACACUGGGGAGAACAGUGAAAGUUCACCAGCAACCAUGGGAGGACCUCUUCCACCACACUUGGCUCUCAAGGCAGAAAAUAAUUCUGAAGCUGGGGCAUCUGGCUUUGCUGCUCCUGGACCUACCUGGGACCGGGGAGCCAAUUUGAAGGACUACUAUUCAAGAAAAGAGGAACAAGAAGUAGAAGCGACCCUAGAGUCAGAAGAAGUGGAUUUAAAUGCUGGGCUUCAUGGAAACUGGACCUUAGAAAAUGCUAAGGCUCGUCUGAACCAGUAUUUCCAAAAGGAAAAGAUCCAAGGAGAAUAUAAGUACACCCAAGUGGGUCCUGAUCACAACAGGAGCUUUAUUGCUGAGAUGACCAUUUAUAUCAAGCAGCUGGGCAGAAGAAUUUUUGCACGUGAACAUGGAUCAAAUAAGAAAUUGGCAGCACAGUCCUGUGCUUUGUCACUUGUCAGACAACUCUAUCAUCUUGAAGUGAUCGAAGCUUACUCUGGACUUACAAAAAAGAAAGAAGGAGAGAGAGUGGAGCCUUACAGAGUUAAUAUCUCUCCAGAUUUAGAGCAUCAGUUGAUAAAUGUGAUUCAAGAGCUAAAUCUUGAAAUCAUACCUCCACCUGUUGAUCCUUCUAUGCCAGUUAUAUUCAACACUGGAAAACUGGCCCACUUUGAACCAUCUCAACGACAAAACCAAAUAGGCGUGGUUCCUUGGUCACCUCCACAAUCCAACUGGAAUCCUUGGACUAGUUGUAACAUUGAUGAAGGGCCCCUGGCUUAUGCUACUCCAGAACAAAUAAGCAUGGAUCUUAAAAAUGAGUUAAUGUACCAGCUAGAACAUGAUCAAGAUUUGCAAGCAGUCUUGCAGGAGAGAGAGUCACUGCCUGUGAAGAAAUUUGAAAAUGAAAUCCUGGAAGCAAUUAGUCAAAAUUCAGUCGUCAUUAUCCGAGGGGCUACUGGAUGUGGUAAAACCACACAGGUUCCACAGUUUAUCCUGGAUGACUUUAUCCAGAAUGAUCGAGCGGCUGAGUGUAAUAUUGUAGUAACUCAGCCCAGGAGGAUCAGUGCAGUUUCUGUGGCAGAGCGAGUUGCAUACGAAAGAGGAGAAGAGCCUGGAAAAAGCUGUGGCUAUAGUGUUCGAUUUGAGUCUAUACUUCCCCGCCCUCAUGCCAGUAUCAUGUUUUGUACUGUAGGUGUGCUGCUAAGAAAAUUAGAAGCAGGCAUUCGAGGAAUCAGUCAUGUUAUUGUAGAUGAGAUACACGAAAGAGACAUUAAUACUGACUUUCUUUUGGUUGUCUUGCGUGAUGUGGUUUUGGCUUAUCCCGAAGUUCGUGUUGUUCUUAUGUCUGCUACUAUUGACACCAGCAUGUUUUGUGAAUAUUUCUUCAGUUGCCCCAUCAUUGAAGUUUAUGGGAGAACUUUCCCAGUUCAAGAGUAUUUUUUGGAAGACUGCAUUCAGAUGACCCAAUUUGUUCCUCCACCAAAGGACAAGAAAAAGAAGGACAAGGAAGAUGACAGUGGUGAGGAUGAUGAUGCAAAUUGCAACUUGAUCUGUGGUGAUGAAUAUGGUCCAGAAACAAAGAUGAGCAUGUCUCAGUUGAAUGAAAAGGAAACUCCUUUUGAACUCAUUGAAGCUCUGCUUAAGUACAUUGAAACUCUUAAUGUUCCUGGAGCUGUGUUGGUUUUUUUGCCUGGCUGGAACUUGAUUUGUACUAUGCAGAAGCAUUUGGAAAUGAAUCCACAUUUUGGAAGCCAUAGGUAUCAGAUUCUACCUCUACAUUCUCAGAUUCCUCGAGAGGAACAGCGCAAAGUGUUUGAUCCAGUACCAGUUGGAGUAACCAAGGUUAUUUUGUCCACAAAUAUUGCUGAAACCAGCAUUACCAUAAAUGAUGUUGUUUAUGUUAUUGACUCCUGCAAGCAGAAAGUGAAACUUUUUACUGCCCACAACAACAUGACCAACUAUGCUACAGUCUGGGCAUCCAAAACAAACCUCGAGCAGCGGAAAGGCCGAGCUGGUCGUGUAAGGCCUGGAUUCUGCUUUCACCUGUGUAGCCGAGCUCGUUUUGAGAGACUUGAAACCCAUAUGACACCUGAGAUGUUUCGAACACCAUUGCAUGAAAUUGCUUUGAGCAUAAAACUUCUACGUCUGGGAGGAAUUGGCCAAUUCCUGGCCAAAGCAAUUGAACCUCCACCUUUGGAUGCUGUGAUUGAAGCAGAGCACACUCUUAGAGAGCUUGAUGCAUUAGAUAUCAAUGAUGAGUUGACUCCUCUGGGACGAAUCCUGGCUAAACUCCCCAUUGAGCCUCGUUUUGGGAAAAUGAUGAUAAUGGGAUGUAUUUUCUAUGUGGGAGAUGCUGUCUGUACCAUUGCUGCUGCUACCUGCUUUCCAGAGCCUUUCAUCAGUGAAGGGAAGCGGCUGGGCUACAUCCAUCGAAAUUUUGCUGGAAACAGAUUUUCUGACCAUGUGGCCCUUUUAUCAGUAUUCCAAGCCUGGGAUGAUGCUAGAAUGGGUGGAGAAGAAGCAGAGAUACGUUUUUGUGAGCACAAAAGACUCAAUAUGGCUACAUUAAGAAUGACUUGGGAGGCCAAAGUUCAGCUUAAAGAAAUUCUGCUUAAUUCUGGAUUUCCAGAAGAGUGUUUGUUGACACAAGUGUUCACUAACACUGGACCAGAUAAUAAUUUGGAUGUUGUUAUCUCCCUCCUGGCCUUUGGUGUGUACCCCAAUGUAUGCUACCAUAAAGAAAAGAGAAAAAUUCUUACCACUGAAGGGCGUAAUGCACUUAUCCAUAAGUCAUCUGUUAAUUGUCCGUUUAGCAGCCAAGACAUGAAGUACCCUUCUCCCUUCUUUGUAUUUGGUGAAAAGAUUCGAACCCGAGCCAUCUCUGCUAAAGGCAUGACCUUAGUUACCCCCUUGCAGUUGCUUCUCUUUGCCUCCAAGAAAGUCCAAUCUGAUGGACAGAUUGUGUUUGUAGAUGACUGGAUCAGACUGCAAAUAUCUCAUGAUGCUGCUGCCUGCAUCACUGCUCUCCGUGCAGCCAUGGAAGCUCUGGUUGUUGAAGUAACCAAACAACCUAAUAUCAUCAGCCAAUUGGACCCUGUAAAUGAGCAUAUGUUGAACAUGAUCCGACAAAUCUCUAGGCCCUCAGCAGCUGGUAUAAGCCUUAUGAUUGGCGCUGCACGGUAUGGAGACGGUCCACGUCCUCCCAAGAUGGCUCGAUAUGAUAAUGGAAGUGGAUAUAGAAGGGGUUCUGGAUAUGGUGGUGGAGGGUAUGGCACUGGAGGGUAUGGUAGUGGCUAUGGCGGUGGAGGUUAUGGAGGUGGUGGCUAUGGAGGUGGAGGCUAUGGAGGUGGCUCCAACUCUUACCGAAGAGGAUAUGGUGGGGGCUAUAGAGGUUUCCGAGGGGGUUACAGAGGCAACUUUGGUGGAGACUACAGAGGCCCUAGUGGAGGAGACUUUCGAGGACCUAAUGGGGGAGACUUCCGAGGACCUGGUGGGGGAGACUUCCGAGGACCUGGUGGGGGAGAUUUCCGAGGACCUAAUGGGGGAGACUUCAGAGGACCUGGUGGGGGAGAUUUCAGAGGACCUGGUGGGGGAGACUUCAGAGGACCUGGUGGGGGAGACUUCAGGGGACCAGGAGGGGGAGACUUCAGAGGACCAGGUGGGGGAGACUUCAGAGGACCAGGUGGGGGAGACUUCAGAGGACCUGGUGGGGGAGACUUCAGAGGACCUGGUGGGGGAGGUUACAGAGGAUCUGGGGGAUUCCAGCGAGGAGGUGGCAGGGGGGGGUUUGGAGGUGGCUACUUUGGACAGGGAAGGGGAGGUGGUGGCUAUUAAAACUUAGUUAUGUCAAUGCCUUAUGCAUAGACAGUUAAAAAAUAAAAAGCAUGCUAUGUGUUUUCCCAAAUGUUUAUUUGCUCCCCCCAAAAAACAGCCUUUUCUUUUAUUCUGUGGUUCAUUGUAGUUUUAGGAAACCAAGCAUAUAGAUACAUUAGUGAUUUUGUUUAUAUUAAUGUAAAAUAUGAUCUAUUAUAAAAGUACCAGUUUGUAUUUUUUUCGUUAAGCAGUAAAGAUUUCCCUUUUAAACUAACUUGA